UUCCCGAUGUUCGUGGUGUUGUUUUCCUUGUUGCUGGUGUCACUGGAACUGGUGGCACCUUCGUUGGCAGUCCGCCCGCUGGAUACCGACGAUAAUUCGCGCUCCAACGCCCCGAAGUAUCUCUCCAUCGUGUCGGGUCAUUGGAUGUGUGCUGGUCACAAUGCGCCGGUGUUCUUCGCUCACGAUACGGACUGCUCACGGUACUACGAGUGUGUUUGCGAGGAUGCGUACGAGUACGCCUGUGACGCUGGAACGCGAUUCAACCCGCAGACUCUGCAUUGCGAUCGAGAGGGCCGUGUGGCAUGCUUAAUGGAUCAGGGUCAUCGUCAGGUGUCACAGGAUCUACCAGUAGCGCAUAGAAAUCCUUGGGCUCCGCGUGGUGACGUCGAAACGACAGGUGCUCCACAAGAACCGGCCAUUGAUCCACGGUGUCCAUCUGUGCAAUCUGACAAAUCAUGGUCCGACGAGACGAAUUGCUCCAAGCACUACCGCUGUGUAGAUGGACAGGUUAAGGAGCUGUACUGUGUGGAACAACUGGUGUGGGAUAACGCAGUCCAAGAAUGUAGACUACCCAAUCCCGACAAGUGCUGUGCGGCGGUUCCACCGGCGCCGAUUUUGAAACAAGAAUCUUCCAGCCUAUGGAACCGGCUCCAAGUCUGGAUGGGUUGAUGGAAAGUUUCCGAUGGUCGUGUGGAUGUAUCGUUUUUACCAAUUAUUUAAGAUGAUCAAUUCCUUUCUAACAAACUAUGUUCUGUUGUAAGUCAAUCUUUGUGGGUGAUACAUUCUAAUACUUUCGGUGCAGCGUAAGUCUAAAUAAACCUCGUUCAAUAACGGCCUUGGACGAGCUGUUACAAU